AUGCCGCCCAACGUGCGGCGGACGCAGAGCGCGACGCAUAACAUUCUAGGCGCACGCAGCAGGUGGAAGCAAGCCGCCAAGGUCAGGAGGACGCUCGCGCCCCGUGCAAAUACCGACAGUGGCCUCGAGGCAGGACUGAGACACGGCUAUACAGAACCGACAGAUUAUAAGCCACAGAAUCCGACCCACAGUCAGAAUGGAGGCAGCGACCGGACGCUCGACGGCACACCCUCCAGCGCGGAGGUCAACACAUCCCCUCAAGCCAAUGGGGAUGCGCUCCGCAAUCGAAGAUCGAACGGGAAAGCAGAGGAGGAUAGUGAGACCACGACGAAAUAUGAAGCCAAAAACGCCAAAAACAAGAGUGACAAGUUGCAAAAGAAGAACUCGCAUCGAUUCUACCGCCCUGUGCAUCCUAGAGAACCCUUCACUGUUUCGAACCAGAUCAGGAGGACGCUGCUCGGGUCAUGGCUGAACAUUCUCCUCCUGGCGGCGCCGGCUGGUAUUGCGGUGGGUGCUGCCGGUCUCGAUGGGCGCAUCGUGUUUGGUGUCAACUUUGUUGCCAUCGUCCCUCUGGCGGCGAUGCUGAGUGACGCAACGGAGGAGGUCGCUCUGCGGACGGGUGAAUCCAUCGGUGGCCUCAUCAACGCGACGUUUGGAAACGCCGUGGAACUCAUCGUCGCCAUCAUCGCCCUCACCAAGGGCAAGGUCGCCAUCGUCCAGACCUCCUUGAUCGGCAGCAUCCUCUCUAACCUGCUGCUCGUGCUGGGCUGCUGCUUCCUCGCUGGUGGCUACCGUCGUCGCGAGCAAUACUUCAACACCACCGUCGUCGACUCGGCCGCCAGUCUCCUCAUCCUCUCCGUCGCGGGCCUCAUCGUGCCGACCGUCUUCAAGGAGAAUCCCACUUUUGAGGACCGCCCGGGCACAGCCGCCCUGUCGCGUGGCGUCGCUGUCAUCCUGUUCUUUGUCUAUGCCGCCUUUCUCGUCUUUCAGCUGCACACACACAGUGCGGACUUUGCGGUGGAGAGCCAAAAAGUCGAGCCCGAGUCGCUCUGGCGUCGCAGGAAGGAUGCAAACGUCAUGCUACGGCAGGAUCCCAGCCAAGGCUCGCUUGGCGAGAAAGAAGACGAGGACGACGACAGCGAUGAGGCAGAGCCCGAGUUGCACUUUUCCGUCGCCCUGGGCGUGCUGGCCAUUGCCACUGUCAUCAUCGCCUUCUGCGCCGAGUACAUGGUGGGCGGUAUCUCGGCCAUCACCGAUGCCGGUGGCAUCAGCGAGGAGUUUGUCGGCCUCAUUCUCCUGCCCAUUGUCGGCAACGCAGCCGAGCACGUGACGGCCGUCAAGGUCGCGUACAAAGAUAAGAUGGACCUGUCCAUCGGCGUAGCCAUUGGCUCCUCCAUCCAGGUCGCGCUCUUUGUGGUCCCGCUUCUCGUCAUUAUCGGCUGGGGUAUGGGCGUCGAGGACAUGACGCUGGCCUUUGACAUGUUCCAGGUGGCGGUCAUGUUUGUGUCGGUUCUGCUCGUGAACUACCUCAUUGGGGAUGGCAAGAGUAAUUGGCUCGAGGGCGUUAUGCUCGUCUGUCUCUAUCUUGCCAUUGCCGUGUGCUCGUGGUGGUAUCCUGCCACUGGCGUUGCUGGCUAG